CGCGUGUCAAAUGGAACAAUGUAACUGAUCGGAGUUGACAGCCUCAGCCGAGAGGUUACUGAUUAAUCUGGCUCCAUAACCAUAGAUAAGGGCACGAGAUCCGCCUGGAUGACAGGAGAAUGACAGCAGGUCCGCAUUGAACAUUUCACUUGUCUUCUUCUCAAGGGAAAUUAGCUUUGAAUGGGGAACAUAAUUCAAGUGCUACCCAAGUUCAGGCAGGAUCUUACACAAGCCUGGAGACGGGGAACGCACCUGCCUCUCUUCCUCGACCUCUAGACUCAUUCAUCAGCACCAGCCGUCUUUAAUGGGAUAAACUAUCUCCAGAGGUCAGGCUGAUCUAAACUCAAGUAAGACCCUCUAGCUUGCUCAUUUCUUCUUAAUUGACACUUUACAUCCUAAGGCCUCCGCAUGGUACUCUGGUUGAAAGAUCAAGACAAACUGUCCGACAUGUCCACCGGGACGGAAAGGAUAGAGAUGAAGAAGGAGGGGGUGCCGCCAGCAUACCACCACUCCAACGGGUCGGUCCAUCCGGUUAUACUACCAGACAACCCGGAGGAGGUGCCCCAGACCCCCGGGGAGUACGAACUCACAGAGGUGACCUCCUUGCCGGACCGGGGUGAUCAGGAGAAUGAGCGUCCGGACAUGGUGGUCCUUGACUGUCGGGCCAACGCGAAAGGCCAGAGGGAAGAGGACGCGCUCCUGGAGAACGCCAGCCAAAGCAAUGAGAGUGAUGACACUAGUACGGACCAAAGCCCGGUGCCGCCGGCUCCACUUAAGGAAACGUCCUUCUCUAUUGGACUCCAGGUUUUGAUCCCUUUCCUGCUGGCAGGGUUUGGGACGGUUGCAGCUGGCAUGGUACUAGAUAUUGUUCAGCACUGGACAGUGUUCACAGAGGUGACUGAAGUCUUUAUUCUGGUGCCUGCUCUCCUGGGCCUGAAAGGGAACUUGGAGAUGACCCUUGCAUCCAGACUGUCUACCGCGGCUAAUAUUGGACAAAUGGAUACAGCCAAGGAUAUGUGGAAAAUGAUCAUGGGAAACCUCGCGCUAAUUCAGGUUCAGGCCACCGUGGUCGGUUUUCUGGCUUCCAUCGCCGCCGUCAUCUUUGGCUGGAUCCCAGAGGGCAACUUUAAGAUGGGUCAUGCCAUCCUGCUCUGUGCCAGCAGCGUCGCCACUGCGUUCAUCGCCUCUUUGGCUUUAGGUCUUAUCAUGAUCGGGGUCAUCAUCGCAUCCAGGAAGGUUGGCAUUAACCCAGACAACGUGGCCACCCCUAUUGCUGCCAGCCUGGGUGACCUGAUCACGUUGUCGCUGCUGGCUGGCAUCAGCACAGGCCUGUAUAAGGAGCUCGAAUUUAACAAUUAUGCCAACCCGAUGGUUUGUGCCUUCUUUGUGGCCCUGACGCCCAUUUGGGUCCUCAUCGCCCGGCGGAUUCCCUCCACCCGGGAAGUGCUGUACUCAGGCUGGGAGCCUGUCAUCAUCGCCAUGGCCAUCAGCAGUGUCGGAGGCCUCAUUCUGGAUAAGACCGUAUCAAAUCCCAACUUCGCCGGAAUGGCGGUUUUCACUCCAGUCAUUAACGGUGUGGGUGGUAAUCUGGUGGCAGUUCAAGCCAGUCGUAUCUCCACCUACCUGCAUAUGAAUGCCCUGCCCAUUGCAGAGCCAAACCCAGCCCCACGCAAAUGCCCUACUCCAUGGGGCACCUUCUUUGGGUCUGGUGUGAAUUCUCGCUCUGCCAAAGUGCUGUUUCUGCUGGUCGCUCCUGGUCAUCUGGUCUUCCUCUACACCAUUAACUCUAUGCGGGGAGGACACACCACUCUCACUUACAUCUUCAUUGCUUUUUACCUGGCUGCUGCUCUACUACAGGUCAUUAUCCUGCUGUAUCUGGCAGACUGGAUGGUGAACUGGAUGUGGCGUCGAGGGAUGGAUCCUGACAACUUCUCCAUCCCCUACUUGACGGCGCUGGGAGACCUGCUGGGGACAGGCUUCCUGGCUCUGUGUUUCCACAUCCUGUGGCUAAUUGGAGAUCGGGACACAGAUGUGGGUGAUUGAUCCACGCUGCCUUUUCCUCUGACUCUGACUGUCCAAGCAACACACACACACAUGACGUCUUUAUUUAUAAUGCCACAUAGAGAAAUAAUAUCUAUAUUGUUAUGGCUACAACGGUUACCAUGAUUAUAUUGAUGAGAUUAUUUGCUUUAGUAUCGAUAUAUAAUUUCGUUGUUGUUUAGCUACCGGGAGAACGACGAUCCUCAUUAUUUUUCAAUGGGGAUGUUCGGCCCGAUCUUACAGCCACUGGCUGCAUGUAAAGAUUACACCAACCUAAACUUGAAAUACUUCACAAGAGGCAAGCGAACGUAGAAUGCGUAAUCACCAAGUGCUACAAAAUGGUUUAGUGAUAUAAAAUUGACGGGACUCAAAAAAAACAAAA